ACAUGGUGGUAUGUUUAUUGAACCAUAAAGAAAAUAAAAUAAAAAAACAUUUUCUUCCGGAAAUCCAAGAGGGGAAUUCCCCAUUUUUCUUCUCUCACAAAAUCAAAUCCCUAACUCUCUCUCCCUCCUCUUCUCCUCCGGCGAAAAUUCGCCUUUCGACCACCCAGUACCGCCGCCGCCUUAUCAUUUUCUCGUCCCCUGUCCGACGGCGAGCGCACGCCGCAGCCGCCGCCCAACGUGACGACUUCAGCAGCAGCCGUUCGGCUAAAACAGCCGCCACCGCCGUCUGACCCGGCCGCGCGAUAGCACAGUCACGCCUCCCUUUCGGCCGACACCUAGCCGCCUCUUCUCGCCCUCAGCCCGAUUCUGCGACUCGACACUACAAGAGUAUUACAACGCUUAAAAGCUACAACAUUUUUCAGAAGGAAAUCAGUUGAUGGAACUAUCUGAUAAGGAAUCUAGGACGCCGUGCAGGAUUGGUGACAGAUCUACUAGCGACGUUGUUGUAAGGAUUAGAACACAGGAAGGGCGUGAUGAUUGGAUAUACUGUCACUCACAUAUACUUGUAGACAAAAGCAAGUAUUUUGCUGACCGGUUAUCUGACAGUUGGCCAACAUGCCAGAUUCUUGACUCGCGUAACUGCGUUGAGGUUUAUUGUGAAGAAUCAGAUUUUGACCAUCAUAUUGUCAUUCUUAGACUUUUCUAUAUCACCUCAGAUGUGACUGUGACUGAUAUAGGCAGUGUUAAGAAUGCUCUUGGCAUACUGAGAGUUGCGAUUCAUCUGGAAUGCCCUCAAAUUGUUUCCACAUGUGUAGGCUAUUUGGAAGCAGUCCCUUGGGAUGAAUCUGAGGAAGACGAGAUUUUGAAAGUUAUUCCUGGAAUGGGAUCUCCAGCAGAAACGAUACUUGCUCGUCUGCAGCCAGUCAAUCCUUUGGCUGUUGUUAAGAUCUUCGUUUCAGCCAUCCAAUUUGCCACAUCAUCUCCACCAUCUUCGAUGAAUGAUCUGAAGGUCUCAUCUCAGGAGCAGCUUGAGUACCUGCUGACUGAGGAUGACGAUGCUCCUUUGUUAACCGCUGAUGAUGAAAUUAAAAUGGAAGCAAAGUUAUGCGUCAAUAGGUUAUUGAUGAGAUUUGUUAACCUUGUGGAAUCUUUGGUUGGUGAUCUCCAAGAAUCAAUGGCUGAAGCAGCAAAGAUCGAGUUGUUCCAGGCCUAUUUAAAUGAUUUAUCAUGGGCUUCUCAAAUAGUAACAAAGUUGGAAAUCUCAAGUGAUUUUGUUCUCACUUGGGUGGAGACAUCUGUAAAGAUAGUGAAAGUUGCUGAGGAAGCUUGCCGGGAAAGUUCACUACAGAUACAGGUGAAAGUUCUUGAGGUUGCUGCCAAAGUGUUGGAAGCUAUAGGGUAUGGAACUCUAAUCUUGCCUACUACGAAACGCCUUCAAAUGGUUAAAGUCUGGCUUCCGUUUGUUAGACUUGUGAAGCCUUCAGUUGACUCUGUUACUUCUGAUGAUGACAAUGAUAUGAUGUUGAAAUCUAACGAUGAGCUUUGGCAAUCCUUGGAAUCAGCAUUUGUGUCAAUGAUUCUUGCAUUGCCAUCAUCAGACCAAGCAGAAAUCUUGACUGAGUGGUUCGAAAAUAAACAGAUUCGCUACCCAGAUUUGACUGAAGCCUUCGAAGUGUGGUGCUAUAGAUCAAAAGUUGCCAAGCGAAGGCUGGCGUUGCUUGAUGGAAACGACCUAACUCCUAACAGAGUAUGAUAAGGCCGGGUUUGCUCGAUGAAUCAUAUCACUCUUCUAGUAAGAUUCUGUAACCUGUCAUUUUGUGUUUAUUCUUGAGUAUAUCAUGGAAAAUUAGCAAUUCAAAAGCAGUGUACUAAUUCGGAAAUCAUGUAGAUAUGGUGUAUGUUUCAUGUAAUUUUUACUCAUCAUAGUUUUGAUGCAUUGAGUUGAGGAUUUUUUGAAUUA